AUGAGGUUUUUGACGAGACAGACAGAUCGCAACUCACCGACGGUCGAACCACUGAGAAUACAUAAAAGAGAAUCCACCAAUUCGCCCACUCCAUCCAGCAACAGCCAGCACACCGCUGGCACGUCUGGCUCUGGUCAUUAUCCGAUCCCUUCCCUUCCCUAUCCAGAUGAUCGCCAACGUCUUGCCCAGUCAAGACCGACCAAUGCUUCUCAAGCCCCGUAUCCAUACCCUGAUCUCCGAAGAGGCGCAACUCCUGAGCAGAAAAGAGUAGGGUCUCCGGAGCAGGGUCGGAUAGGCUCGCCGUCGUACGCAUCACCGACACAGGCUGGUUCGCCAUCCGACUACCCCACCUCGUUGCGACCGCAUGAUGGGCGUGAUGGAAGGUCUGGCGCCACUCUUGCAGAGCGACGCGGAAAUGCGCCAAAGCCACUUCCUGAGUCUCCCGGGCCUGAGAUACCCGACAAAGAAGGAUUGUUCCAGAAAGCGCCGAGGAGACAUUCUGCAGCCUCACCAUCUGGCAUCCCUGAACUGCCAGGUGCUGGGCCCAGACCAAGUGGGCCAGAAACAAACCCAUUCCCCGACUAUCAUCAGCAGUAUUGGCCACCACCUGGAGCACUGUCUGCCGAGACAGGUGGAGCAGCGGGCAGGCUGAAUGUUCGAGAUGCGGCAUCGGUACAACGAAUCAGUUCGACUGCGUCGACUUCGACUACUAAAGCUACACGAGGAUCACCGCCGCCUCCUGAGACCCCUAUCGUACCACCCAACCCCCGACCAGGGACAGAUAUCGAAGCAAGAUAUGCCGCUGCAGGCAUUGCGGGUCCUUCUACCCUUACCAAUCUACAAGCUCAGAAUGCAGCUGCCAUGCAGAGGACUGCCAAUUACGCUGGUGUGCAACCAAAUCCGCAAUCCUCUGCUUCUCCUCCGCGACGUCCAUGGACGCCGACCGAGCAACCGGGUAGUCAACCCCACGGCCCGCCAACCGUCUAUCAAGGGCCAGGAGAAGCUCAACAACAGCCACCACUCCCAGACCCCACUCGAGGGCGACUAGUUGAAGGUCGGCAUAGCCCACACCAGCCGGGAAGAAUUCCUCCAAAUCCCCUUGAGAAUGAUUUCCAGCGUUUGCACGUGAGCGAAGAACCACCUCCGGCAUAUUCACAAACGCCUGGUUCGCAAGCCGGCUAUUCUCAUGAUAAGGAAAGACCAGCGGGAACAGCGGGGGCAGCGGGGGCAGUGGGAGCAGUGGGGGCAGCAGGGGCAGCAGGGGCAGCAGGAGGAGCAGGAGGAGCAAUAGGAGGUUUAGCGGCUGCUAUGGGAGUCAAUCCGGUAGGGACUCCGUCAAGUGUAUCGCAAGCUUCAAGCCAGGGCCAUCCCGCUUAUGCCAAUGACACAGUUCACCAGCAAGCAAUUCCACAUCGACAGCCAUCAGUCAAUGGGGUCGUGCAUCAUCCUCAGCAAGCACCGGCUCCGGCCGUGCUAGCGGCGCCUGCUCCGAAUCUCGCGGCUUCUCCUCCUCCUCUGCCAGAAGGCUGGAUUGCUCAUCUCGACCCUAAUUCGGGGCAAUACUAUUACAUUCACCUGCCCACCCAAUCAACUCAAUGGGAAUUUCCCAAAGGUCCCACGCCGCUCAACCUCAACGAGACGCCGCUCUCUCCGGUGGCUUCUGCCUACAACCAUCCGUUGGCGUCUCCUGGUCUCUCAUUCGCGAACAAGCCGCUCGCCUCUCCUGGCCUCCCAAUGACUCCAGGCUACGAGCACGUCAAUCCGAUGAGCCUGGGGGGUAGCAUAUCUGGCCAAGCCGGCUAUACUGGACCUCCACCCAGUAGUGGAGUAGAUCUCUACAAAGUGGUGCCAACCAACGGAGUCUAUUUUGGGCCGUAUUUGCGUUAUGCCAAUAUGGAUUUGGAACUCGAACUCUGGCUUGGCUCAAUAUUGCUGGUGACUGACGGACCACAACCUCCUACUAUCCAUAUCCAUCAAAGUCUUGAUCUGUCGCCGAAUCCCCGACAAUUGCAGGCGACUCAGAUUUCACAGCACCAGAGAUGGAUGUUCUACAAGUACGAGAUAGAUCUGAAGAUGGAGGAUGCACCAGCCAAAUGGACCUACGCAAUCACCUCCCAUCUAGGCUGCACGCGGUAUGAAUUUCUUGUCGCUGGACGAUACGAGACCAACUGGCGUUUUGUUGCCCACUCUGGGAAUGACUUCGGCCUUAACGUGAGCACGAAUGAACGAGCACGGCUUGGUGGUGUUGGCUAUAUGUGGAGGGACAUCAUGCAGAAACACGCCGAAACCGGUGGAUUCCACUGCCAGUUGGGACUGGGCAGCCAGAUAUACGCAGAUCGGUUGUGGAAAGAGAUUCCCAGCCUCAAACAAUGGCUCGCCACGAGUGGAAAGGAGAAUAGGAAGAAUGCCGUAUGGACAGCGGCACAUGAAGAGGAUGUUUCUCAUGCUUAUUUCCACUACUACACCAGCCACUUUGAUCAACCGCAUCUGAGGGAGGCAUUCGCCCAGAUCCCGCACAUACUCACCCUGGAUGACCAUGAUAUAUUCGACGGCUUCGGCUCAUACCCAGAGUACAUGCAGUUCAGCAACAUGUUCAAAAACAUCGGCCGCAUAGGUAUCGAAAUGUACCUGCUCUUUCAACACCACACCACUCUCGAGAUCCUCCGCAAUGUCUCCCACGACAAUGACCUCUUCACCAUUACGGGCACGGGAUGGCAUUUUGUCAAAUUCCUGGGCCCCGCGCUGGUGGUGGUGGGACCUGACACAAGGAGUGAGAGAAACCCGCACCAAGUCAUGGCCGGCCCAACAUACCAAGGUCUAUUUCCCAAGAUCGCUAUGUUACCGCCAUCCGUGCAGCAUUGUAUCAUGAUGAUCGCUGUGCCGAUUGUGUAUCCACGGAUGGAGGCGGCGGAGAGUCUGACGACUACCAUCCAAACCGGGAAGAAGGCCGUUACGGGAACAUACAACCUGUUAGGUAAGGUUACGAGCUCGGUCGCCGGAGUGGUGGGUGCAAAGGGCGCCGUCGGAUCAGGAUUCGACUCGGUCAAGCGUGCGGUAGGCAAGUCGGGUCUUAUGGGUGGUAUUCUCAGUCCCUUCGGCGACAUUGAUGUCCUAGAUGAGCUGAAAGACCAAUGGACCCAUGAAUCCAAGGACCUCGAGCGUACCUAUCUUAUCCGCACCCUGCAAGGAAUCUCCCACCAACGCUCCAUCCGCAUCACCUUCCUCUCCGGCUCCGUGUCGACCUGCGGCGCCGGCCUCCUCCACGACCCCUCGCACCCCUCAUCGCACAAAACCAUGUUCCAGCUGAUCACCAGCCCCGUGGUCAACGCACCCCCCUCUUCGUACAUCCUCAAACUGCUCCACAACAACAAACCGCUCUACAUCCCGCAGAACGGCCACCGCUCCGAACACCACUCGUCGCACCACCACCACUCCUCCUCGGCCGGCGGCAAGGGCGCCGCCGCCGCCACCACCGACACCAAGGAAGACAUGAUGGAGAUCUUCGGCCAGGACGUCGACGGCCGGCCGCGCGAGAUGCGCCGCCUGAUGAACCGCAGGAACUACGUCGCCGUGGUGGCGUAUGACCCGGAGGUCGUGCAGGGCCAGUUCGGCCGCACCGAUAUGAGCGGCGCCAAGGCUGGCGGCAGGUUGAGUCUCGCCGUCGAUUUCAUGGUCCAGGCCGAUGCGGCGGCCGGUGCGGGCGUCGGUGCGUAUGCGGGCGUCGGCGGUGUCGUCAAGUUCGGGCCGGUCGUCGUGCCGAGUUUGGAGUUUGGUCGCUGA